AUGGCAAUGGGGGGAAUUAUGAAGGGACACACACUACAGAGUAGUAAUGGGAACAGAAAGAGACCAUAUGGGUUGAUGCUGAUUCUAGCAUUUGGGGCUGCAAUAUUUGGAGUAAUGGUUCUCCAUAAGCUCAGGGAGAGACGCAUUUUUAACCUCCUUGUCAUAGAAAAAGACCGUCAAAUCAUUUCCCUUCAACUUCUCCUGCAGGGAAUCACGCGACUGGCAAACAAGAAGGAAAGAGAUGAUACCAAAGGAGCUGAAAGGAAAAUUGAAGAGAUGAAAGCAAAGAUAUACAAGUUGCAAACCCUGAAAAUGGAACUCAACAGUAGAAUAUUGGAGAUGCAGUCCACAAUUUCUUCCCUGAAAGACGAACAAAGGAUGAUCGGGUCGGCCCUUGAGGAGAAGCAACAUGAGAUCAAACUCCUGAGAGAGAGAGAAAUAGAUUUACAUAAAGAAAAUCCUCAAGUUAUAGCUCUAUCUGAAACCUGGAGACGGAAAGAAACUGAAAUGGAUUCUGAAUUACCGGUUAAGGUCUGGUCAGUGAGUUCGGAUGACCCAUCAAACCCACCUGCAAACUUGACUAAUACAGCAAGUAUAACACAAAGGGAAGAAACUGAGGUCAAUGAGAGCGAGAAACACACUAGUGAAGGGUUGCAUGGAUCCACCAAUUAUUACAAAGACGAGAAGAAUUCAAGGGGAAGCUCAACACAAAGUGAAGAGAAAAGAGAAAAUGAAGUGGGGAUUGCUAAUGGGAGGGAAAGGAUCAGAGAAGAACAGUUUCAGAAGGUCGGUGAUUCGAAGGAAGAUGAUGGACAUGAAGGCACUGCUGGUGAAAAGAGCACUGUCGAGGACCACGUAAAGAACCUUAAGGAUUUUCAAGCCAUUGAUGUAGAAAAAUUUCGAAGUACCAGAGAUGCUCAGCCGGGAAAACUAUCGAGUUCCCUAGGGGGUGACAAUCAAGACUUGAGGGUAGCUUAUAAAGGUGGAAUGAAGUUAGAAAUGCCUAACAACAGUCAAGGUGGAGAUUAUAGGUUGAGGGGGAACCGUGACCACGUGAGGAAGACAAAAGGAAAGAGACCGAAAAUCAUUGCUAGGAAUAGGGUGUUUCGAAACAAGGGCAACCCUGAAGACAGUGGAGUUGCAAGCAUGAAUGGCAGAAGAUUCUUCACAGAUGCAUUGAAAAGUGAAAGGAACAAGAGGCUCGAUGAUGACAGCAAAGAGGACAAACUGCAGCGACAAGAACAUCAUGAUGUAAACUUGAAAAUCAGAGAUGAAUUUGGGCAGGAAGAUGGUAAGUCAAUAACAUCUGACAAGCCUCAACAAGGCGAAGGUUUGAAGUUUAACCAAGUUGGAUUACGAAAUGGUGAAGCCGGAGCAGGCUUGAAUAGGGAAAAAGGCGAAAAUGAUCAACAAAUAAGUGAAGAUAGCCCACAGGAGGUUACAAGAGCUGCUGUUUCUGAUGAAGUCAAAUUGCUAACAAAUAAGUACGAACGCACUGAGAAGCUUCAUAGUUCUCCUGAUCAAGUGCUAACUGAAACUGAUAGUGAAACCAGUGAAACGUUCCCCGUUGACAACAAACAGAAACCAGGCGAAGCCAAACAAUCAAAAGAACAAGACACCGUCAUCAAACAACAGAUAGAGAGGAGGGAUACAGACAAAGUAGAUGGCGCAUCAGAACAAGCAAUAAUUGCAGACAAAGAUGAAGAACCAGAUGAUCCAGAUGUCAUGGAUGUUCACGAUGUAGAAUCAGACGUAGAUAAUUCCAUAGAUUCACCAUCUGAGUUGGAAGAAGAUAGAGAAGACUACAAGGAGCAAACAUAUGAGCCUGAAUUUUAG